GUCAAACUUUGUCGCAUGUUCUUACAUUUGCGCCUGCAUAACAUGUGGCUCAUGUUCUACCACAGGGGCCUAAAAUCCUCUUGAAGAGCAUCUCGGGCUGUGUGCGGGACUUCAGAAUGAACGAUCAGCCGGUGGGCCACCCCGAGGGGGCCCGCGGGGUGUCGCCCUGCUCAGACGGGCUCACGGAGAGGGGGAUGUACUUUGGUGGUGGUCACGUCGUCUUAGAUGAUCCCUUUGCAGCGGGCGCUCAGUUUACGUUGACUUUCGAGCUGCGGCCCCGUCGCCCGACUGGCCUUCUCUUCCACGCGCGGGGCCACGGAACCAGCUUCGACGUGUUCUUAAUUAACAACACGGUGGGCGUCACUGUGAAUGAUGGCGGCGGUAGCGUCAGCGUCGCACUGACUCCACAGAAGAUCUGUGAUGGGGAAUUUCAUGUAAUUACAGUAUCCAAAGGAGAAAAAGACCUCAUGCUAAUGGUGGACGCCACGUCUGAAAAGAAGGCGGGACCCUUUGCAUCUUUUCCCUCCUCUACAACACAGGGAUUACUUCACAUUGGAGGGGCCUUAGAGUCAAGCGGGGCCCCCGUGACAUCUCCGUACAUGGGCUGCUUGAGAAACAUGAUUAUUAAUGGCAGGCGCGUUGCGUCCGAGGCACGGGCGGCGAGGGUGAUCGGCCUGGUGGACUUCAACGUGUGUCCUGCAUACUGAGAG